CACACGGGCUCAGGGCCCUCGCCUGGACCAGCCUCCUCCCCUUCCCCACUUCUCCCGGCUCAAGCCCAUACUUUGCCCUGGGGCCUGGGCUGCCUGAGAGACCCAAGAGUUUGCCCUCCAUACCUGUAACAGGUCCAGCUGCAACCCAGCGCCCAAACCAGCAUGGCGAGGGACUUUCAAGACAUCCAGCAGCUGGACUCGGAGGACAGUGACCACCAGCUCAGCAGAGAUGAGGGCCCAGGCACUCGUGGGCACGGUUCCAGGAGAGAAAAUCCAUUUUGGAAAGGGACGCCUCCUCCACAGCCCUUUCUGCUUCAGCGUCUCUGCUCCAACUUCCACCUCAGUCUGCUUGUCCUGGGCUUCAACGUCCUGCUGCUGGUGGCCGUCUGUGUGAUAUGGUCCCAAAGAGCACAGCUGCAGGUGGAGCUACAGACCCUAAAGGAAACUUCCGACAACUUCUCCUCGGGCACCCUGACGGAGAUCCUGGCUCUGAGCUCCCAUGGAGGCAGCACAGGUGACAAGGUGACAUCUCUGGAAGCCAAGUUGGAAAAACAGCAGCAAGCCUUGAAAGCAGAUCAUGCCACCCUGCUUCUCCAUCUGAAGCACUUCCCGGUGGAUCUGCGCAUGCUGACAUGCCAGUUGGCGUUCCUCCAGAGCAACGGCACACAGUGCUGCCCAGUUAACUGGGUGGACUAUGAAGGCAGCUGCUACUGGUUCUCUCGCAGUGGGAAGCCUUGGCUCGAGGCUGAGAAGUACUGCCAGCUGGAGAACGCCCAUCUGGUCAUCAUCAACUCCAGAGAGGAGCAGAAAUUCAUUGCGCAGCACACGAACCCCUUUCAAACCUGGAUAGGCCUCACUGACAGUGAUGGCUCCUGGAGAUGGGUGGACGGCACAGACUAUAGGUACAACUACAAGAACUGGGCAGCCACUCAGCCAGAUGACUGGCAGGGGCACGAGCUGGGUGGAAGUGAGGACUGUGCCGAGAUCCGGGGUGAUGGCCGCUGGAAUGACGAUUUCUGCCAGCAAGUGAAACGCUGGGUGUGUGAGAUGAAACGGAACAUCACCGACUAGGACCCCUGACCUCCAGCAGACCUCUGACCUGCUCCCUCGCCCGCUCCCAGCUCCUCCCCUGGGGGUUUUGAAGAAAGGAAGGAGGAAAGCAUCAUCAGAGGCAGGGGGAGCGGUGAGGAAAGAUAGAGGGGGUGGUUUCAGAAUCUCAGGUCCAGGGAGACUGAGAUCCUGCCUCCUGCAAUUCACUGUAAUUAGUGUUAUAAUUUUCUGUCUCCUUGAUGGAGUAGGAAAAGAAGAAACAAAUACUUGAAUCUC